AUGACGAAAUUUACUCGAAUUGGUAUUAUUGGUGCUGGAUCUAUGGGUGGAAAUAUGUCGUUAUUAUUUGCUGAACAUGGUCUUCAGGUAUCUCUGUAUGAUGUUAAACAAGAAAGUGUUCAAGCUGUUAUUGAUAUGGCUAAAGAACAGGAUAAUACUCGUGAUAAAGUAACUGGUUAUAAAGAUUAUGAAACAUUUAUGAAAAGUUUUAACAAUGAUAAACAACAACCACGUCUUCUAGUAUUUAGUAUAACACAUGGUCAUCCAGCAGACGAUGUCUUAGCUUCAAUACGUCAAUAUUUAAAUAAAGGAGAUAUUAUUUUAGAUGGUGGCAAUGAAUGGUAUUUAGAUACAGAACGUCGACAAAAGGAAAUGGAUAAAUUAGGUGUUUAUUUUAUUGGAAUGGGUGUAUCAGGUGGAUAUCAAUCAGCAAGACGAGGUGCAUCUCUUUCACCAGGUGGAAAUAAAGAUAUUCUUGAUAAUGUUCUUUUACCAUUUCUUCGUACUGUAUGUGCAAAAUCGGAAAAAGGUGGUGAUUGUGUAACAAAUAUAGGUCCUGCUGGUUCUGGUCAUUAUGUUAAAAUGGUUCAUAACGGUAUUGAACAAGGUAUGCUUAGUAUUAUAUGUGAAGCAUGGGGUAUAUUUCAUGCUUUACUCGGUUUUUCCGAGGAUGAUAUUGGUCAAAUAUUUACUGAUUGGUCAAAAAAAAGUGAAUUAAAUAAUAAUUUUCUUAUAAAAAUUGGUGGUGAUAUAUGUACUCGUCAUUAUAAAGGUGAUGAUCCAUCUUCUGGACAUGUUCUUGAUGAUAUUGAAGAUAAAGUUGUACAAGAUGCAGAUAAUACUGAAGGUACUGGUGUAUGGUCACUUCAAGAAGCAGCUCAAGUUCAUAUUUCUGCACCAACAAUUGCUGCAGCACAUUUAUUUCGUAUAGCAUCAGCAAAUCGUCCAGAUCGUAUUCAAUUUGAUAAAUUAGUUAAAUUAGAAAAACCACGAUUAGCCGAUGUUUUAAAAGAGAAAACUGAAGAAUUUAUUGAAGAUCUUCGAGGUGCUGUUUAUAUUUCAAUAAUGGCUUCUUUUGCACAAGGUUGUAAUUUAAUUUCUGCAACAUCUCAUGCUAAAAAAUGGAAAAUUAAAAUGAGUGAAGUUAUUCGUAUUUGGCGUGCUGGUUGUAUUGUUCAAAGUGAUUAUAUUGCUGAUCUUCUUCAACCAUUAUAUUUGGAAAAUGAAAAAUCUAAUGAUGAACCAAUAACGAAUAUUCUUCUAUUAAAACCAGUUGCUGCUGAUAUAGAAAAAUAUUAUCCUGCACUUAAACGUGUAGUUCUAUUAGCUAUUGAAUAUGGAGCUCAUGUACCAGCAUUAACUGCUAGUUUAGAAUAUUUUAAAUAUGUUAGUAGUACUGAUUUACCAACACAAUUUAUGGAAGCUGAAUUAGAUUACUUUGGUGCACAUUCAUAUGAUCUUAAAAGUGAACAUGCAAUGAACAUCAAAAAAGGACCUCAUCAUUAUGAAUGGAAAAAACCAUAA